GCGGCUGGCUUGACUGCUACUUUUCGAGUGGAGGCUGGCUUGACCGCAGUGAAUCACUAACCUCUGUUGAACUUUUGCAGCUAUGCGGCUUUUUCUGCUAGCACGUCUCCUCCUGUUCCCGAUGCUCGCGAGCAACGUCGCAGGGCAGGAGAGCAUCAGAAAGCCCAACAUCGUUCUGGUGAUGGCGGACGACUUGGGAAUCGGUGAUGUGGGUUGCUACGGUAAUAACACCAUCAGGACCCCCAACAUAGACAGGCUGGCCUCCGAGGGGGUGAAGCUGACUCAGCACAUCGCGGCCGCCCCGCUGUGCACCCCGAGCCGGGCCGCAUUCAUGACCGGACGUUACGCUGUCCGCUCAGGGAUGGCGGGGUCAGGCGCAGUACAGGUCAUCUUGUUCCUGGGUGGAUCGGGCGGGCUGCCACCUGGCGAGACCACUUUUGCCAAGAGGCUGCAGCGACAAGGAUAUACCACCGGCCUAGUUGGUAAAUGGCACCUUGGCGUGAGCUGCGAGCACACAGGGGAUCACUGUCACCACCCCAAUCAGCACGGCUUCAGCUUCUUUUACGGCCUGCCUUUCACCUUCCUUAACGACUGCGUUCCGGGAAUGGGGACGAGGCUCCAGGCCGGCCUGCAGCACGCUCUCCGAAAUAUGUCCGUGUUGCUCGCGGUUGGCCUUUUCACACUGGUAUGUGUCCGUGCUUGGGGCCUUGUCGACAUCGGCCUGUGGCUCUUGGUGGUCCUUCUCUCGUCGAGCGUCCUGGCAGUCGCGGUGUGGUACGUUCCCUUCGGACUGCUGCCCAGGUGGAACUGCAUCGUCAUGAAGGACCAGAGCGUGGUGGAGCAGCCCAUGACGGUGGAGACGCUGCCCGUCAGGAUGCUGACUGAAGCGCAGCGUUUCAUCGAGAGGAAUGCUCAUCGUCCGUUCCUUCUGUUCUUCUCGCUGGCUCACGUGCACGCGCCGCUCUUCCGCUCAGCGGCCUUUGCUGGCAGAAGCCGCCACGGUCGCUACGGCGACGACGUGGAAGAGAUGGACCGGCUCGUCGGUGAGCUAACGAAGACUGUGGAUUCAUUGGGCCUGGCCAACGACACUCUGAUCUACUUUGCAUCAGACCAUGGAGGACAUCUCGAGGAGUCUCAUCCUCUGACUGACCAGGCAGGAGGAUGGAACGGCAUCUAUCGAGGUGGGAAAGCCAUGGGAGGCUGGGAAGGUGGCAUCAGAGUCCCCGGUAUCUUCCGCUGGCCGGGCAGACUGGCAGCUGGGAAAGUGGUGAACGAGCCCACCAGCCUCAUGGAUCUCUACCCCACACUGAAAUAUCUGGCUCGGGACACCCAACCAGACAGACCCUUGGAUGGCCACAACCUCAUGCCGCUGUUGGAGGGGACGGCGGAUCGAUCGGAGCACGAGUUCAUGUUUCAUUACUGUGGCAGCCACCUACACGCCGCACGCUGGCACCCGGCAGACAGUGAUUCCAUCUUCAAGGUGCACUUCUCCACCCCAAACUUUUCACCCCCGGGCGCCGUGGGAUGCUAUGACACGCAGAUCUGCCUGUGUCACGGAGACCACGUGACGCACCACGACCCACCGCUGCUCUACGACCUUUUCCAAGAUCCCUCGGAGUCACGGCCGCUGGGCCCCGACACGGAGCCUCGCUACGCGGAAGCCCUCCGUCGAGCGGCCGAAGCCGCGUACAGGCAUCGGCGCUCCUUGGCAGGCAAACAGCCGGACCAGCUUACCUGGGAGAAGCUUCUGUGGAGACCCUGGCUUCAGCCGUGUUGCGGAACAUUCCCCUUCUGUGGCUGCAAAGAAGACACAACGUAGUAGAGAACAAUUACUGGACUUUUUAGAUUAGGACAGGAAGGAGGUUGUAAUUUACACCGCGUGCCUUUAGAGGGCAGAGUGAGACUGUGUUUGGCCAGCUGUUCAAGCGGCUAGGGGAGGGAGUUGGCUCAAUGCUACCACUGGGAUAGUUGACAAGGAUUAUAAAAAAAAAACAAAAAAACAUCUGUGGUUAAAUAUACAGCCGGGUUGUUGUUCAUUCUAAGUCUGAAUUCUCCCUUCAUUCAAAAUAUAAGAAUGAGUUGAUUUUGAGGGCUAUCUUACAUGAUGUCCAUGGUAAGGUCCCACAAGGCUCUGUGAGAUCCUUGUUCAGUUUGAAGGCAAGCUUGACGAAGGUAGCUCCGUUCAAAGGUCACAUACAUUUCGGUUGCCUGUUUUCCUCGCCAGGGCUCCCCCAGGCACAAUUUGCAAUAUGUAUUACUGGGAUUAUUAUCUGAAAGGCAAGAACACUUAUUAUUUUGAAGGGUAUUCAGCACACGGUCGCCUUAGUAACCGAGGUAUGUGUUCAUCUUCGUCUACUAGUUGCCCUUCUCAACUUGUUUUCAAUAAAUAACUUGGAUUCUGCCUAGUAACAAUUGGUGGGACCUUGAAAAUGCUUGUUGGGCGUGAAAGGCAUGUGCAUUCUUUUCUUUUUCAUUUUUUUUUUUUUUUUAAAAUAAUGAUUGCACUUCAUGAAGUCUGCAUAGCAACAGCCCGGCUAAUGAAUCAGAGCAAUUGCGUUGCAUUAUAUUGCUAUGUUUGUUAUAUUUUAUUUCAGUGGUGACAUUUUAUGACAGAUUUGUGUUGUCUGUGUGAUUUUUAAAAGACAAUUACUUUGAAAAACAUCCAUACCACUUAUCCUGACUAAGGUCGCAGGUGCGUUGGAGUGUAUCCCAGUCGACUCUGAAUAAGAGGCGGGGCCUGAACUACAGCCUGAACUCACAUUCACACCUACGGGUCAAUUUCAAUUCUUCAGUCGGCCUACCGUGCAUGUUUUUGGGAUGUGGGAGGAAACGGGGAAAACUUGCAAACUCCACACAGGCGAGGCUGGAUUUGAACCCAGGUCCUCAGAACUGUGAGUGAGAUGUGCUAGCCAGUAGGCCACCGUGCAGCCUAACAGGUGCCAUUGUUUCAUCAAAAUAGCCCUGUAGGUGUGGCAGGCCUAUACCGUGCGUACGGGCCUGUGAGGCACAAACAAUUUGAGCCUAUGGAUUUUGCCUAGUAACAAGUGGACCAGACCGUGAAAAUGCGUAUUGGGCGAGGCAGGCAUGUGCAGUUUUUUAAAAAGUUUUUUUUAGAUUGUGCUGCAUGAUUUUUUUUUUUCCUAGCAUCAAAUGACCUGACAAGUGAAUCUGAGCCAUCCAUUUACCCUACGAUGGUAUGGCUGCAAGAUUUCUAUUUCAGUCAUGACAUUUUGUAAUGACUGAUGAUAUAUUUAUGUUUGUGCGAUUUUACAAGACAAGUGUGUAUUUAAAAAUAUCAAAAUAAGACCACGAGAUCAUAGUGUUUGCGAUAUAUAUUUUUUCUUGUUUUUUUUUUUUUUUGUCAAUGGGGGACAAGGAAAAACAAUCAAAUGAAUGUAUCCUUAUGAUAGAUAUUUCCAAUGUCAUUUCAGUUGUGAACUUUUAAAGUGAUUUAUGUAGAUUUCUUGAUUUGGAACCUUUUUUAUGACUUCAUUUAGGUACAGAAAUGAAUGUCAGUAUGACACUGCACUUUGUCGGUAACAUGCGCACGCUCCCCUCCCCCCUUUUUAACUUGUUCUGGCCUCAUGUCAACAUUGGAAUUUGCUUUUAGUUCAGACACUUUCAGGAAGUACUCGGAAAGCUAGGGUGGAUAUAGUCCCUGUGGGCCUGUAAGGAUACCCUGUGGCUCUCCAUACUGUAUCUUCACCAAUAAAAGACUGUAAAGA